CAGACGCCUCCAGUCUGGCGACAACGUGGCUCUCAAGUGUGUACAGAAGGACACCACGACCAUGGAAGACUUUGUUCGCGAGUUCUGCUUCAACUACUCCCUCAGUUCUCAUCCCAACAUUGUAAAAUGUUUCGAUGAAACCCUUUGAGACAUAUGACUCUUACGCCUUUGCACAAGAAUUUGCCCCAAUCAGCGAUCUGUCCAAGUUUGUGAGAGUAGGAGGUGUAGGUGAAGCACGAGCCAAGAGAGCAGCAGAACAGGUUACUCAAGCCCUAGAGUUCAUGCAUAAGGAGGACUUGGUUCAUCGGGAUGUUUGUAUCGACAACAUCUUCGUGUUCAACAGGGAAGUGACUCGCUUCAAGUUGGGUGACUUCGGCAGCACACAGCGAGUUGGAGCCUUCGUGAAGAAUCAGAACGUUCAGUCACCUUGGGCUCCACCAGAGGUGAGCCUCACCGUGUACAAUGAGGGCUACCACGUGCACACUGCCCAGGACGCCUGGCAACUUGGCAUCCUCAUCUAUGUAUGCCUGACGGGUUCAUAUCCUUGGUCGUCAGCCGACAUCACAGACCAACAUUACAACUCAUGGGUGGCCUGGCUCAAACGUAAGACCGCUAAGUUACCUCCACACUUCAAGUGUUUCACUCCUCGUCUUCUUCGCCUUCUACGACGCCUUCUGCAGCCCAAACCUGAUAAGCGCUCAGGUGUGAGGGAGGUGUACAAGUAUCUGUCUGACCCCUGGCUCAUAAAAGGAGCAGAGGAUUUUGGUAUCUCAUCGGACAGCAGUUCAUCAGAAAGCCUGUCACAGGAAUCUCUUGUUACUCGCAUUGAGAAGAAGUUGGCUAAGUUAUUGCACCCAUAAGUACAUCGUCCAGACAACCUACUAGAGAAAUUAUCUUCAUUUUCUAAGAAGAUAUUGACACUGACACUCCGCUGGGUCCAUCACCCAGCACGAGCUGGAGUCCAUCUACCUGUAUUUAACAUACCUCAACCGUCUACCCACACCUUCACAUAAUUAUCAACCGGAACCUG